AUGGAUUUAAAUACGGAUUGGUUAAGAUGGAAAAUUACGAUAGGUAGUGGGCCAGAGAGUAUUGUGAUUGAUUUCUUAUCGUUUUUAGUUGGGUGCGCGUUCACCACAAUGGUGGGGCCAAUUUUGCAAAAGUUCAUUGGCAGGCUUUUGGUGGGUUUAAUAUCGGUAUGCAAAUUUCUCGUUAUUAUUGGAAGCAUUGUCUUUAUUAUUGGAGUCGUUUCAAAGAAAUACACAUAUGACGAUUUCAAGGUAAGCAUAAGAAAAUCAGAAAAACCAGAAGAGACUGCGGCUGAACCAAAAAGAGCAACGAAAAGAACAACUCUUCCGAUGGAGAAAGACGAAGAUGUAGGAUCAUAUAACUAUUUCGAAAUACCUAUAACGAAGGAAGCUCAUAGUAUUACUUAUACUAACCAUGAUGAUUCAAGCACCCUCAGGAAGCCACCCAAGGGUGCAUCAAGCGUAGCUCUAGCCACCUCAAAUAGGUACGAAAACUUUAUAAAUAUGGCGCAACAUAAGUAA